CCCUCCCCCCCCGGGCCCCGCUGCCGCUGCCGCUGCGGCCAAGGAUGGCGGCCGAGUUCCACCUGCGCACCGGCAAGCUGGUGGCCCUGCUCAACGGCAACCGCACGGCCAAGCGCAACAAGCCGACCGAGGAGUUCAACCACGGCCUGGCCAUGAGCCGGGAGCCGCUGGGCGACGGGCAGCUCUUCCAGGUGCGCAUCGACCGAAAGGUGAACUCGUGGAGCGGUUCCAUCGAGAUUGGAGUGACGGCGCUGGACCCCAGCACCCUGGACUUCCCCAGCAGUGCCACCGGCCUGAAGGGCGGCUCGUGGAUCAUCUCGGGCUGCUCGGUGCUGCGUGACGGCCGCUCGGUGCUGGAGGAGUACGGGCAGGACCUGGACCAGCUGAGCGAGGGCGACAAAGUGGGCAUCCAGCGCACCUCCGGCGGGGAGCUCCACCUGUGGGUGAACGGGCAGGACUGCGGGACGGCUGCCUCGGGGCUUCCCCCGCAGGUGUGGGCGGUGGUGGACCUGUACGGCAAGUGCACGCAGGUGACCGUGCUGGACUGCGAGACCGUGCUGCGGAGAGAGGAACCCCUCAGGACUGCCGCCACCGAGGAAGGCUUCGUGGGGAUGGAGCUGUCGGACGUGGUGAACAACGCCAUCCUCUCGGCCUACAACGGCAACCUGCUGAACGUCAGCCUGGCCAGCCCGCCGGACAGCUGCUCGGUCACCUCCAACGACGCCCUGCUCUUCCACGAGAAGUGCGGCACCCUCAUCAAGCUCAGCAACAACAACAAGACAGCGGAGAGGCGGCGGCCACUCGACGAGUUCAACAACGGCGUUGUCAUGACCAACAGGCCGCUGCGGGACAACGAGAUGUUUGAGAUCCGGAUUGACAAACUGGUGGACAAGUGGUCCGGGUCCAUUGAGAUUGGUAUCACACUGCAUAACCCGAAUAACCUGGACUACCCGGCAACAAUGACCAAUCUCCGAUCAGGAACGAUCAUGAUGAGCGGCUGCGGCAUUCUGACCAAUGGCAAGGGGACACGGCGCGAAUACUGCGAGUUCAGCCUGGACGAGCUGCAGGAAGGAGAUCACAUCGGGCUCAUGAGGAAGUCCAGUGGAGCACUACACUUUUAUAUAAAUGGCAUCGACCAAGCAAUUCACUGCACUGGGGGUUUUCACUCAUCAACCCAUUGUGGCGGGGUGGCGGCGACUCAGACCUUGCCCACGAUCUACGGGGUGGUGGACCUCUACGGCAUGGCGGUGAAGGUGACCAUCGUCCACAACCACAACCACUCGGACCGCCUGCGCAGGAACAACGCCAUCAUGAGAGCGCUGUCGCCCGACGUGGGGCGGCGCAUCUUCGACUCGGGGGACGUGGAGGUGGAGCGGCUGCUCUUCCACCCCAACUGCGGGCAGAAGGCAGCCAUCGUGUGCGAGGGAAGGACGGCCCUGCGGCCCCAUGCAACAGAUGACUUUAACCACGGCGUAGUGCUCAGCAACAGGUCCCUCAGGAGCAAUGAAAUCUUCCAAGUCCGUAUUGACAAGAUGGUGGACAAGUGGGCUGGCUCCAUAGAAAUUGGCGUAACCACCCACAAUCCUGCUUACCUUCAGUUGCCGUCCACGAUGACCAAUUUACGAUCUGGCACGUGGAUGAUGACUGGCAACGGAGUGAUGCACAAUGGAACUACAAUUCUGGAUGAGUAUGGUCACAACCUCGAUCGUUUAAAGGCGGGUGACACGGUUGGCGUUAUGCGCAAGGAAGAUGGAAGCCUGCACUUCUUCGUCAACAAUGUGGAUCAGGGGCUCGCCGCGUCCAACGUGCCAUCCAACGUUUACGCCGUGGUCGACCUCUACGGCCAGGCCGCCCAAGCCACCAUCAUCGACGAUAUAGAGCUGCCGCCUCUGCCUGACGACGUGCUGGAGGGCAACAACCAGAUCUCGCCCUGCAGCCUCUUCUCCCUCACCCCCAGCAACGACCUCCGCUUCCACCACCUGCACGGGAACAACGCCGUCAUCACCAACGGCGGCCGCACCGCCUUCCGGCAGAACUGCCGCAGCGAGUUCAACGACGCCAUCGUCAUCUCCAGCAGGAUGUUGCGUGAAGGGGAAAUGUUUGAAAUUCUAAUUCAGAAGAUGGUGGACCGAUGGUCGGGGUCAAUAGAAGCAGUUAACCUGAAGACUCCCUCCUAUUUAGGCGUUACAGCUAUCCGUCCUGAGGAUCUUGAGUUCCCCAGUACCAUGACGGAUAUAGACUAUGACACUUGGAUGCUGAGCGGUACGGCCAUCAUGCAGGACGGGAAUACGAUGCGGAACAACUACGGCUGCGACCUGGACUCCUUGACCACCGGCUCCCGCAUCGGCAUGAUGCGCAGCUCCAACGGCGAUCUGCACUAUUACAUCAACGGGGUGGACCAGGGAGUGGCCUGUUCCGGACUACCCCCAGAGCUGUACGCUGUGGUUGAUCUGUACGGACAAUGCGUGCAAGUGUCCAUCACCAGCGGCUCGUUACCGGUGGACAACAGCCUGUCACUGAGCAACGCGACUGAGAAGUCCUUUCCGCUACUCUCCCCAGUACCCGGCAUCACGCACCGCUUCCACGCCAACUGCGGCAAGUACGUGGCGCUGCAGAACGAUGGCUGCCGGGCGGUCAGAGUCCACGGAUUCUCCCACGGGAUCGUCUUCAGCAUGAAGGAGUUGAAGCCCGACGAGAUCUUUGAGGUCAAGGUGGACGAGAUGGACGAGCAGUGGUCGGGCUCCCUGCACAUCGGCUUGACCACCCUGCAGCCCUUCGAGAUCACCUGCGCCUCGUCGGGGCUGCCCGCCUCACUGCUGGAGCUGAGGUCGAAGGUCAGCUGGCUGGUCAGCGGCGCGGAGGUCAGGCGGAACGGUGCGCUGCAGAAGCAGAACUACGGCUUCUCGCUCGAGCGGCUGACGGUGGGGAACCGCGUGGGCGUGAAGCGCGGCAGCGACGACACCAUGCACGUCUUCGUCGACGGAGAGGACAUGGGCGUGGCGGCUGCGGGCAUUGCCAAGAACGUGUUUGCCGUCGUGGACCUCUACGGGAAGGUGGUGUCGAUGUCCAUCGUCAGUUCCAGCACCCUGGAGGAGACGGAGAGUACCAAGCCGCCCUCCAUGUCGUCGGGAAGUUGCAGCGAAGAGGAGGAAGACCUCAGCCCGUGCGAUAACGAGGCGUCGGUGUUCCUGGCGACCAUCGAGUUCAUGGAGAACCACGGCAGGAACAUCCUCUUGUCCAACGAGGGGCACACAGCCACCCGCGUGGCCAGCUACAACCAGGGGGUGGUGGCAUCGGCUCAGGCCCUGCCCCGGCAACUACUCUUCCAGAUUCGGAUUGAUCGAUUGAACACGCAGUGGACCUCUUCGCUCUCGUUGGGGGUGAUUGGACAUUGUCCUGAGAGGUUUAACUUCCCAGGCACAGCCUCCUCAAUCAAGCGCUCUGCUUGGCUGAUCCAACGAGGGUCCGUCUUCCAUAAUUCGCUCAAGAUUUGUGACAAUUAUGGCCCCAACCUGGACACGUGCCCAGAAGGAACGGUCCUUGGUCUCCUGGUGGACAACACACAGGGUCUACACCUGUACGUUAAUGGAAUGGACCAAGGCGUGGCUACCCAAGACAUCCCUAGCCCUUGCUUCGUAGUUAUUGACCUGUACGGUCAAUGUGAACAGGUUACCAUAGUGAGCAACGAUAUCAUGGCCCCGGGGAGUGACGGCAGCCACUUGUGUUGCCAGGGCGACGUGGAGAAGGCCGGUGUGGUUGACGGUAUCAAGGAGAACCUGUGCUGGACUCCGCCGCCAGAAGUGAAUCCCAUGAAGACCUGUGAAUACCAGGCCCUCUGUGCCAGGUUUAAGGAGCUCCUUCCUCUGCCAGAUGGAUACUUCAACGAGGAGCUGAAGUGCAACCUGUGCUACUGCGAGUCGUGCCACAAGCUGCGGGGAGACGAGGCCUACUACAAGCGGGGCGACCCGCCCAAAGACUACGCCCUCCCCUUCGGAUGGUGCAGGUUUGCCCUCAGGUUGAACCCACGAUGUGAAGUCACCAACGUGUACAAGAAGUGGCACACGGCUUACCACGGGACGUGCGUCGGGUCCCUGCGGCGCACCCUGGACCACGGCGAGCUGGUAUCAGCUGGGAGUGCAUCCAUUUUCUGCAGCAAGCAUGCGAAGGUGGAGCUGCAGAACGGGUACAACGACCCCGAGGUCAACAGCGCGCAGGAGAAGGACACGGUGAAGGUCAGCCUGUCGCCAACCAUGCGAUACGUGGGGCUGGACCGAUUCUGCCCCAAAAUACGGUUCAAGGACGUGCGUUCUCAGCGACACCACCAGGCGCAGGUGGCCUUCCAGGUGUGCGUGCGGCCGGGCUCCUACAAGAUCGGCCCGCCAUCGGCCGGGGCCAGCGAGUCCAUCGACCCGCGCUUCAGCAACAACGAGAUCGAGUGGAUCACCAAGGAGAGGGCUUCCACCGUCCUGUAUGGCCUCCUGGUGCGGGUGGAGUGAGAUGGACCCUUCUUCCCCGUCCUCUCCCCCCUCUGACACACACACACACACACACACACAC